AAAUAAAAUGGAAGAUCAAGAGCAAGACAUCGGCUCGGGAAGGAGCCACGGCUCAGAAGCCGAGCCGGCGAGGUCAAGGUGGACGCCGAAGCCGGAGCAAAUAGAGAUACUCGAGUCACUCUUCAAUGGCGGAACGGUCAACCCACACAGAGACGAGACCGUCAGAAUUCGUAAGAUGCUCCAGAAAUUCGGCCCCGUCGGCGACGCCAACGUAUUCUACUGGUUCCAGAACCGCCGCUCCAGGUCCCGCCGCCGCCAGCGCCAGUUACAGGCCACCCUCACCGCCGCCGCCGCGGACCAGCAGCCCCAAGCUGGCGGCGGCGGCGUGGGUCAUCAUCAGUAUCAUGAAAACACAAUCAGUAGUACUACAACAAGUGGCUUCUCGGGCUCUUCUUCGUCUUUCGGGCUUGGCGGAACAGAUUAUCUUGGCCCGAACGACACUUCCAAUUUGCAUUACCAAUCUGAAGGGUUAAUUACGGUGUUCAUAAAUGGAGUAGCUACAGAGGUGACGAAGGGGCCGUUGAACGUUAAGGCCAUGUUUGGCGGAGAUUAUUUGUUGUUCCAUUGUUCAGGAAUGCCAGUUGAUGAAGUUUAUGACCAUGGAUUUCUUGUUCAGCAUGGUGAAAGCUAUUUUCUGGUUCCAAGGCAUUCCUGAUAUGAGAGCAACUGGAUUUUGGGAGCUUCAUCCUUCUUUAGAAUUUGUAAAAUUAAAUAAAAAAUUAAAAAUAAUAAUUUGUUUUAAUAAUAACUAUUAGCAAAUUAAAUAAUAAAUUUAUAUGUCCCUUUCACUAUUAUUACGAAUUUGUUUUAUUUGUCCUCUCUUGCUUUGUGGAAAAUAAUAUUUUGGCUCUGUAAUCAAGUGUUGGAUGUAUUGUGCCCAUUGAGUAAAUGAAUUUAUAUUUGAUUUAUUUGCCAA